AUGUCGCAAGAAUCCAUCACGGCUGCCGACAUCACAGCCACGUUGGGCUUGCCCGACCUCGUCAAACCCGUUCUCAGCAACAUCACCAAGCCUGGUAUCGCCAACGUCAGCUCUCCAGUUCUCGCCACCAUUGUGCGCGACGCCUACCGCGCUGCCUUCAAGGCCCGUGUCGCCGCGGGUGAAGCAAGGCCAUUCGUGUUUCCCUACAACAUGCUUGCUAGUUACAUCGUCCCGGUGCUCUACAUGUCCAUCCCCCACACGAAGCGGCCAUGGCUCUACCGUGCGAGAUGGCUUGUCGUUGCUUUUAUCAUCAUAUUCAACCUAGACAUCAUGAAAUACACCUCCAGCACCAACAUGACCACGUCGUAUGUCGUCGGGAUAUACUCAUUUUUCGGCAUCAUGAUCGGCCUCACCAUGUUGGUGUUCACAGCUCCACAAUUCGACUUCGAAAGAGUCGUUCGCAGAAAGGCCAAGAAGCCGGCAUCCUCUUCCAAAUCCUCAAAGCCUUCCAGCAGAGCCAACUCGCCCGAGGCCCGCACCGCCUCGCCGAAUGGGUCUGGGCUCAGGAAACGAGCUGGCAGCAAAAAGCGAAGACCUGCCCGAGUGACAGCACCAGAGGUCAACCUUGAUGAGUACGAAUAUUACUGGCAAGCCUACCCGGAGAAUGGAACCUUCCUCGAAAGACUCGCCUGGGUCAUUGAUCUCUACACCAAUUUCAGGGGAGCCGGUUGGUCUUGGGCUGUCCCGUCGGUACCUAGUCCAGCCCCCCCUGAACGACCCGGCACAGGCGAGCUGGUCAAGAUGGACACAAUACCAUUGGAGACAUUCGUCGGAUGCCAGACUUAUAGGGAUGAGAAGCAGUUCCUGCGGAGGAAGCUAAUCUCUAUUGGGGCUGCAUAUGUCUUCCUCGAUGUCUUCAAAGUCGCCGUUAUGGAGGAUCCCUAUUUCGUCCUCGGCAGCAGCAGCUCCCUUCCGCUCCCUCCUCACCUAGCGGUCCUGCCGUCUUUGGUCGUGCACAUGUACCGUCAUGCUACCGUCAUUGGUCUCAUUUACGCUGGGCUGAUCAUGAUCUUUAGCGUUCACGAUCUGUUCCAGUACUAUGUCUUUAGCAAGGUCUACCGUAUGCGGGGUGAGCUGUGGCAAUACGCAACAGUAUUCGGCUCCUUCAGCCAGAUCCUGGACAGGGGCUUGGGUGGAUUUUGGGGUUCUUGGUGGCAUCAGACUUUUCGGCAAUCCUUCUGCGCGCCGGUCGACUUUGCCGUCAAGAAUGGGUAUCUGAGAAAGGGGGCGCGCAGUACGAAGAUGAUCGGUCUGUUGGUUGCCUUCCUCCUCUCGGGUCUGCUGCACGCCGCGGGAAGCGUCAGCUCGAUCCCCGAUACGAAGUGGUGGAAGCCUGCUCUCUUCUUCUGGCUGUCAGGCGUGGGCGUGUUCGUCCAGCAGUUGUUCUGCAUCACCCUGAAGCCUCAGAUUUCGAGGCUGCCCCGCGUCUUGAGGAGGCUCGGAAACCUUCUCUACGUCGUUCUGUGGCUGCACAUCACCGUCCAGCCGCUGACGGACGACUUUGCGCAGACCGGUCUGUGGCUCAUGGAGCCCGUCCCCAUUUCUUUUGUUCGUGCGUUGGGGUUCGGACGCGGAGAGGUCUCUUGGUGGAAGCCCGACAUGGAAGCGAUUUGUCAUUGGCAUACUGGAAAGCAUUGGUGGGACUCUGGGUUCAGGUAUUAG